AUGGAGUUUAAAUAUAUAUUGAUAUUAAUAGUUAUAGUUUAUUUACCAGUACUAAUUACAGGUCAAUAUACUUUAAGAGGAGUUCCUGAAAGUUAUGCAGUGUUAGGUGAAAAUUAUACAUUACAAUGUGAUGUUACAGAUUCGGCUCAAGGUGUAAAUUUCGGUAGAAACAAUAUUGUUGUAUGUAGUAUGAUAAACUGUGAGAGUAGUUCAAUAGAUAAUAGAUAUAAAUGUGGAUGUAUAAAUAAUAACAACAAACAACUAUAUCUCAAUAUAAGUAAUAUAAAUAAACAAGAUGAUACAACAUGGUCUUGUAGAGGUAAUUCUGGUGGACAAGGAUCAAGUACUGUACCAGUUUAUUAUCCACCAUAUAUAACUAGUAUUAUAUCUGAUGCUGUAAAUAACGAAAUUGAUGAAGGUUCUGAUGUUAUAUUUAACUGUAAUGUUGAUAGUAAACCAGUAUCUACUAUAACAUGGUCAUCUUCUACUAUUAGUGAUACUUACACUGGUCAACGGUGGACAUUAACUCAAGCUAAAUGUCAGGAUACAGGAAUCUAUACAUGUACAGCUAAUAAUGGUAUUGGUCAAUCAACUACUAAAUUACCAUUAAAUAUCAGAUCUAACAAUAGUAUUGGUCAAUCAAGUACUAAAUCUUUACCAUUAAAUAUUAGAUGUUCACCAAGAAUUAAUGGUGAUUUAAAAGAUGAAGUAAUGAAUAGACUAGGAGAAGAAGUAACAUUACUUAUUGAUGUUAUAGCCUAUCCUAAACCUAGUUUUAAAUGGAUACAAGAAUCAACAGGACUAGUAUUAACACAAGAUACAAUUCAACAAGUAGCUACCGAUAAUUAUAUUUCAAGUUUAACAUUCACAAUACAACAAUCAUCAUUUGGUAACUACAGUGUAACUGUUAAUAAUAGUAUAGGUGAUGAUAAAAGUUACACUAUAAAGAUUAUUGAUGGAGAUCCUGGAACAAAACCGAUUUCUGUAGAAGAAACUUUAUAUAAGGAAUGUUUAGGAACUGGUAUUGGAAUUGGUAUUGGAAUAUCUGUUAUGUGUUUAUUGCUGGUUUUACUAACAAUAUUUAUAUAUAGAAAAUAUCAUCCAGCCAAUAAGAAAUUACCAGAAGAAAGUUAUGCAACGUUUUCCAAUAGAAUCCCAGAAGAUAGAACAUAUGAAGAUUUAAAUACUCGUUCUGAAGUUAAUGAUAACAAUCAACAUAAUUCUGAAGAUGUAAAAGAAUAUGAAAAUAUGAGAGGAAAUUGA